CUUUCUAACCUUUCAUCAAUCAUGGGUACAGGUACUGACAAGGCAGUUGGUGCCGUCGCGUUUUUUGCCUCAGUUGCAAUCUUUACUUAUUAUACAAUUUGGUCUUUAUUGAUGCCAUUUGUAGAUGAAGGCCACCCAUUGCGCAAUUACUUCUUGCCUUGGGAGUAUGCGAUUCGUAUUCCUCUUAUCAUUCUCAUCGUUGGCCUCACUGUCAUCUUCACAUUCCUCGGACUGGUUAUGGUCAAGAGUAAAAAUAAGCAAGACAAGAAAGCCAAAUAAUAAAGUGCCAGACACAC